UACGCAUUUAAAACGAAGUUGGCGGUUGUUUUGUGGUUUCUGGCAUUUAAAUGACUGAUAAAUGUCAUUAUAAAAUACAAUUUACUUUGCCAAAGUAAAAUUAGUUUCAUAGAGUGUUUUACAAAUUACUAUUUAUUAUUAAUAAUAAAGGCAUUGCCUUUGUUGAGUUUGGUACUUUGUGUUUCUAAGUUUAAAAAGCAAACAUGGAUUUUACGUAUCAAGAACAAGCUGAUAUUCACAUUAUGUUUGAAAGAGCAUUUGGUAAUUGUGUUGAAGCAAGACGAUUGUAUCAUGAGGCAUUUCCUAAUCGACGAGUGCCACACCGUACGGUUUUCGCAAGAGUAGAUCGUAAUUUAAGGGAAACAGGAACAUUUCAAAGACAGGAAGUUGUUGGGCGACCAAGAAAUGCCAGAACCCUAGCAUUAGAAGAACGCGUGCUAGAUCGUAUUGAAGAAGAUCCAUCUUUGAGCACUCGCAUCAUCGCAAAUCAAGAAGGGUCCUCUCAGUCAACCGUAUGGAGAAUUUUGCACGAUAUGUCACUCUACCCUUAUCAUAUUCAACGGGUUCAGGCUUUGGAAGAGCGAGAUUUCCUUCCUCGUGUACACUUCUGUAAUUGGCUAGAAGAAAACCGCGUUGCUUUUGAAAAUUUUGAGAAGAAAAUUUUAUUUACUGACGAGGCCGGCUUCACAAGAAACGGAAUUUUCAAUUUCCACAACAACCACCUAUGGACGGAUGAGAAUCCCCAUGCUACGGUACAGAAGGUACAUCAGCAGCAGUUUAGUUUAAAUGUGUGGGCGGGAAUAAUCGAUGGGCAUUUAAAAGGACCUGUAUUUAUGCCGCAACGACUUAAUGGACAAAUUUACACAAUUUUUUUACAGAAUGAAUAUUACAAAUAUUAGAAAAUCUACCACUUCAAUUACGAGCACAAAUGUGGUUUAUGCACGAUGGUGCUCCCCCACAUUUUAGCAUUCUCGCUAGAGAACAUUUAAAUAAUGUCUAUCAAUACCGCUGGAUAGGUCGUGGGGGUCCAAUGCCAUGGCCACCACGGUCUCCUGACCUAAACCCCCUUGAUUUUUAUUUAUGGGGACACCUAAAACAACUAGUUUAUUCCCGCCUUAUACCCAAUAUUGAUGUUCUCAGGCAAAGAAUAGACAUUUCAGACAAUUAAAAACAAUCCAAGAAUUCUACCACGUGUGCACCAUAAUCUAAUAAAAAGAUUAAGAGCUUGCCGUGACGCGAAUGGUAAUAAUUUUGAACACUUUCUAUAAAUUGUUAAAUAAAAUGUGAGUAAAAAGUGUCUUUUUUGUCGAUCGUAAUGCGAAUUAAUUUUCAUCAAUAAACAUACGCAUUAGAACAUUUUCAAAGUCGCUUUUCUCGUAAAUGGUACGCUCUAUCGAAUUGAACUAAGAGUACCUUUUUUACGUAUAAGACUCUAAAAUUUUAUAAUUUUCAAACAAAAUCACAAUAACCUAAAGAGUAAAAGAAAAAGGGAUGUUUUUACCCUUACCAACCCCCGCAUG